CGAGAACAAUGAUGCUCACUCUUGUUUGAUUAGAGACGGUUCAGUACACUUGUCUACCGAAUUAUCGCUACCAUUCCACGCAGCUAGAUGAAAUCCCGACAAUAGGACACUCUAAACACCAUGUCUGCAUUUUUCCGUUAAGCAAUCCCUUCCAUCAGGUCUGCACUGAAUCGGUAUUUGCAGAUACUUCACACUCCAUCGCCAACAAAGGUUUCCAGUCUUAACAGUAUAACUUCAACUAAACAUUGUCAUGUCGCUGCACAUCACUCUCAUCUCUCAACCUGCUACUCCUCUAUUCUUCUUUCGCUUCAUUGCUGCUCUGCAAACAAGGUACAUCCCUUCUUACUAAUUGGUUUGGUAGUGCUUAUCACCAAUCAAAGAUAGCUUUUGUUAUAUAAGGAGAGAAAUUCUUAUUUCGCAUGUUGUCCCAGAUAAAGGUUAGCUUCUUUCUUUUAAUAAUAAUGACUACUCACACAGUUUAUGACUCUAUAUUAUUUGGUUUAUUCCAUCAUAUACUAGAGUAAUACAAUAGCAAGUCUUUGGCUCUAUUGGAAAUGUUGAUCUAAGCGGCUAAGCCUAAUAUGACUAUAUUCUUUGGUUGUGUUUUACAUUGUUUGGUGUUUUAUACGAGUGGUGUAUGACUCUGUGUUAUAGUUUGGGUUGGUUUUAUUGGUUUCCUAGUGAAAAGGGGAAGGUAGUUUAUUUACAGAAAGAGUUCAAUCCUUGAUCAAGUUUGCAACUCAAAUUAUAUGAAAACAUCAUAUAAGGUGUGCAAGUAAAAUCAUUUGAAAACAUUAGAGGUAUUAGUAAUUAUUAUGCUUAAUGACGUGUUUUUUUUACCUUGUCAUUUUUUUUUGUGAAGAGAGCAUCAUGUAUAGUUUAGCAAAGAUGCAUAACUAAGUUCCGUGAGGCCAAUAUCUCGCCUUGACUAAAUUUAACAAAUGCUUUCACGUUGUCAUGCGCCUUGUAAUCAUACUUUCUCGUGCUACAUCUAUCAUAGUAUCAUCUAUGAAGUGAUAAUGCCACUUCAUACUGGUAUAACUGUAUAAGUAAAAACGUUGAGCUUAUUUUUCAAAGAAUAUGCUUUCUUUGGGUAGUCCUAAAAUUGAACGUUUAGUAUUUGUAUAAUUGAAAUAAUUACAACUUGCUAGAGAUAGUGAUUUUGUUUGUGUUAAAUAGUUCAGAUUUAUUGUUGGUGCAGAUUCAAUAGAAAAGAAGAAUGGGGCAAAAUCACAAGCUGCUUUGGUUUCUCAUUUUCUUGUCACAAUGUUGUUGCUUGUCAUGGGGUGGUUGGUUCUUCGGUUCAGCUAAGAAUCAUCGGGAAGAAGAAAAACAACUUCCUGGAAAGAUUUCAUCAGGUUUCUCCAUGGAGCCUUUCAGUAAUGCUAAAGGACUCAAAUUAGUGGAAAACGCAAGGCAGAAAAUGUUGAUGGUUGGCCCAGAUUCUUGUUGGCAAAGGGCUUAUCAGAGUGUAUUUGCAGAGUGUUCGAAGGCUCUUUACGAUGAUGAACUAAGGUCUCGUCUUGCGUGGCAUCUCAGUGAUUGCUUCCAGAAACAUUCUGCUCGGUCUUCUUUUCCAUUCUGCGACCCCAAAUCUCCCAUGAAUCAUUGCCUCAGGAACUUGGACGAUCUUUCUCACAAGAUUUACCUUGAGUUCUUUCUUGAAACCAACUCAAUUUGUCACCAACUUCAGAUGGAUGCAUUUAAAUAUCAAACGGAGAGAUUGGUGAAUGACUUGAAGAAAACGGCUGAGUACGCAGAGGAAAAGAUAGAAAACAUAGAGGCGCACGAGGGAGUCUUACUGCAGAACUCAAAGGAAAUCCAAGAUUCACUGUCCGUGGUUGAUCUAAGAACUCAAAACCUAGAAGAGGUUUCCAAGAAUGUGGAAGAACAUGUGAGCAUUGUCCUAACUCAUUCAAGGGAAAUCCGUGAGCAUUCCAAGUCCAUCGAGGCCUCUCAGAAGGAGUUAACGGAUGAACAAGCACGUAUGAAGAUGAAUUUAGUUGAGGGAAUGGAAAUACUGCAAACAUCUUAUAGUAUCCUUGGUAAAGGGAUGAAUGAGUUGAAGAGUGAGGCUGAGGAGAUUGAGAAGGAGAUUGGUAAAGUUGGUAAGGAAAUGAAUUCAAAAAUGACAAUACUUCAGAGUAAAGCUGAUGAUAUUGAAGUUAUUGCUGGGGUAUCUUUAGAUAAACAGAAAGAACUCCUUGACAUCCAGUCUGCUGCACUUGAUGGUCUUCAUAUUCUCACCAAUUUUCAGUCUCAAGCUCUUGAAGAAAGCAGAGGAACAUUGCAACAAUUGGUUGAAACUGGAGAGAAACGACAGGAUGAAUUACUUAGAAAGCAAGAAAUGCUUCAACAUGCUCAUGAUCACCUUGUGGAGAACUCAAAAAUAAUUCUAGCAGCUCAGGAAGCAUUUGAAUCCAAACAAGCAAGCAUGUUUGUGGCUAUAGACAAGCUCUUUGCAUUGCAUAAUGCUAUUCUCUUGGAAUCGAGGUUGAUGAAAGCCUUCCUGGUUUAUUCCCUGUCAAUCUUUCUCCUCUACAUGCUCACUAGUACAAAACAGACUUAUAACGUUAGGCCUCGCCUUUAUAUAGAGUUGUGUGUUACAUUCUUGAUUGAGUUCUGUAUAGUUCGAUACAGCACAGAUAAAAUGGAGAAGCAAUCUUGGAUCGUAGGCAUGGUCAGAUAUGUUUAUGUGGCUAUGGCAUCAAUCCAACUUCUCUAUGCAGUCUGGACUUACCGAGAUUAUGAGGUACUGAACCAUCAAAUAUUGUUGACACUGAUGGAGAAGGUGAAUGGCAUUCAGACACAUAAGCAGGUAUCAUGGGAGAUGGAGAGUGAGUCAGAGAGUGAAGUGGAGUGGUGUUCAUGGUUAGAGAAAGAGUUACAAGAGGAGGUUGAUAGUCUGCAAGACCCUGACUAUCUGUUGCCUAUGGAACAAGGAGCUUCAGAAAAUUCUUUGGUAGAAAAUAAUAGUAGCUCACUUACAACAAUGAGACGAUAUAAUCUUCGAAAUCGCAACCUUCGAAGAUAUUGACCACCACUAUUGAUGAUUGUGUCAUCUUCUCUACAAAUCACACUAUCUGUUAAUUUUUUAUAAUUAUUACAUGUAAAGUUUAACUUCUCACAAUUUAGUUUUUCUAGGAUGAACACUUCAUAAAUAAAAUUUGCAAAAAGAAAAAUGUAUACUUGUUGCAAUGGAGCAUACCAGUAUAGUUGUGGUUUUCCUACCAGAGUUCUUAUUGACAAGGGCGUUGA